AUGCACCACCAGACGACUGUACAGAGCUUACCUGAUGAAAUACUAUCGCAUGUCUUCAUGCACCACAAGCCUUUCAGGGUGAAUGAUGUCGAUAUCACCGCGUGGUUGUCCAUCCCAGCCGUGUGCCGGAAAUGGCGUGCGCUCUGCCUUGCGUCGCCGCUCUACUGGACCCACAUCCUGAUGCCCAAUCCAACGUACCUGCGACUUGUACUCGAGAGGUCCCGCGAGGCGCCGCUCGUUGUCUUUGUGAACACUGAGACGGAUGAUCUGGAAUGCAUCGCUGCCUUGCAAGGGCACAUCUACCACACGAAAUACCUCAAUAUACGCAGUGUUGUCGGCUCCGUUCGAUGGGCUACGGCGUACCAGUAUAUCGGCAACAUACUGCGACAGCCUAUGCCGGCGAUGCGCGGUCUUCACCUGCACGAUUAUUCGGAAAGCGACUCACCACACCAGCUCGGAGCGUUGCACGGUGCAACCCUGCCGUCUCUGCCUGCCUUGCACCUCCUGGAUAUUCGCGGCCUGCGACUGGACUGGGAAACUCCGAGAGUCGCCUUUGGUCAGCUCGGAAGCCUGCAUCUUGAGGAUCUGCAUUUAGCCGAUAUGCGCGGCGCCCUCACUGACAUGCCGAAUCUACGUGAAGUUGCUAUCAAAGUUCGUGAUCCUAGUCCGGGAGACGCGUUGCCGCCAGCGAAGUCGCUUGUAUGGCCCCGGUUGAAUUCUCUGGAGCUAUUAUGCUCGCCGUAUGCGGCCCGUGCAUUCUGGGAGGCACUGUCGGCUCCAGAGCCUGCACAGUUGACGUGGUGUAUCGACCAGCCCAGUCUGGAUGAUAUCGAGACGAUCAGCCAGUACGAGGAACUGCUUCGCGAUGUCGUUCAUACGCGCAUCUCUCAUCGCACGAAGCAGCUUCAUCAGGCGAGGCGAUUGUCCGCUUUGAUGCUCACGGCCUCACGAACUGAGAUAUCUUUCAACUGGUCCGAGGAUAUGCUCGUACAUACGUCACCAAAUCACACCCGGGAGACCGACACAAUACCAUAUACUUUAUCAAUCAAGUUCAUCCUCCCUUUCUGGCCCGAUUCCAUACGGGCCGUUCCACUGGAUGGUAUUCAGUCGUUAUGCAUCGAGGAAGAGCACCCUUGGCGCACAUACUACGACAACUCAGGAACCUACCCAGCUCCAAUCCUUCUUCCCCACCUGCGCGAUCUUCGCGUUCUCGUGCUACACACUUACCGGGUGAACUCCCCCUUCCUCCAGCACAUGGCCACGCACAGCGACGAGUUACUCCUCCCUCACCUCGAGCACAUCAUCAUCGAAAACACGAAUUUGUUGACGGGCGCUGGGAAUGAGCUUUUGCGAUACCUCAAACGGCGGGCGAGGUCGAGCCGAUGGUUGAAAGAGUUGACUAUUCGAAAGUGUACUAUGUCUCGCGAUAUGGUCGCUGAUUUGGAUACCUACGUCCGCUUGCCCGUAUCGUGGGAUUAUAUAUCAACGACUGUCCCUCUCUGA